GGCCGUCAACAGCAUCGGAGGGGGGAAAACGGAGUAGAAAGAGAGAGACAAGCAGUUUGUGUGUGUGUGCGUGUGCGCGCCGGACCGAGUUGCAAUCAGCUGCAGGAUUUUGGCCCCAGCAAUCCGUGCCAUUUCUAUUCUUCUUCUUCUUCUUCUUCUUCUGGAAAUUUAUUAGCGAAAAUUGUGAACGGUUACAUCUGUGCUGGACUUUCUUCUUUCGUGCUCGUGUCAUCGGCCAGUGCUCCAAAAACAACAGCCGGACACACACACACACACGUACAUCGAAAGGAAAAGGGAGGAAAUCAAAAAAAUUCCCUUUUUCCAUACAAGCCAAAGAAAUAAAGAAGAAGAAGAAGAAGAAGUCUUUGGUGAAAUAACAAAACGGAAACCGCGAGCUGUCUCUUCUUCUUCUUCUUUUUGUGUGUGUGUUUUUCGCGGGGGGCACGCGCGCGCGCACACCCAAAGAAGUUGCAGCUCACCAACAGGAGCGCCAGCAGUGGCAGGAUCUUAGCUGGGCCCAAGUGUGUCGGCGGUAUUAGAAACACGGAGAGAAGAAAAAAGAUCGUCGUCGAUGUAUAGGCCCACGCAUCUACAUCGUCAACAACAACAAGAAGAAUUCGGUCUUAUUGUGUGUGUGUGUGCGUGUCGUGUAUUGUGGACCCUUUCCAUGGAUUGAUGGUCGCAUUAUUUGCAUACGAGUGUAGACGUGUGUGUGUGUGUGUCUACGAAACUGGAAAGGCACAGUUGUGCGUAUAACGUCUGUCCCACCUGUGUUGGUAAACGCAAGUGUCAUCAAAGUUUGGUGCUGCCUCUUUGACAGUCGUGACAAGGACAUCGUUUGAGUAACGAACGAUCGGCGCAAAGUUGAACGUUGUUUUCAUUGUUUUCCAGGGAAAUUAAAGGGCUGGGGGGGGUGAUGGGAAGGAGGCAAGUGCUAGCUGCAAUUUGCGGAUGCUUGUUGGUGAAUUCUGAAUAUUUUGAUAGUCUCGUACGAUCAGUGCUGUGAGUGAUGGCCAUUCUAGAAGCUCUGGCCGGUAAGGUGGGUGCUGGUAGCGGUGGCGUCGUCAGCGGCUGCGCUCUGCGAUGCGCCGUCGAAGGUGGCGGCACCAACGAAUUUCGCCUUUGAUAAACUGUGCUGAAAUCCCCCUUCACAAUUGAAUGAUUUGAAAACUGAAAGAAAACAAAACAAAGUGAGUGAAGGACUUUCCUAUAGAGGACGACACGUAACAUUCCAUCAGGACAUCCCAAAACGAAACAUUCCAAUUGAUCUCUCUCUCUCUCUAGUCUUAUACAAUAAACACAAUUGUCUAGUCAUUCAUUGCCAAAAUUAUAGGACGUUCAACGAGCGUAUCUUCUAGUCCAUUUGCCUUGUUCAAAAAAAAGAAGCAAAGCAAAGGUGGUAGAAGACGAUCGAAACAAUCAACGCCGAUGAUCGAGUGUCAUGGAGCGAGACGUGUCCGACCGUGAACUGUUGGAGAACCGCAAUCUAAUAGGUCACCUAUCGUUUUCGUGGCGCGAACUGCAGGCCGAUGUGGCCGACUGCGUCGCCGACGAUCAAGACGGCCCAUCCAACGACAUCCACCAGCACGUGCACAACAACCGGCGUCUGGUGUCACCUGCGUCUUUGCUGGCCGACGAACGAAGCGGCUCGGAUCUUCGUUUGAAUUCGAACGAACGGGGCACGUUGGUGCCGCACAACAGGGCGACCAUCAUGCGCUCGAGGCGACUCCGUCACGAGCUGGGCACGGAGCGGCCGAGCGGCGAAGCGACGACGCGAAGGAGGGACGACGACGAGAUGGCAAACGUGGGAGACGAAGAAACGGCAACGUCGCCUGGACAGCAACCGACGACGCCGCAGGCAGCGCCAGCUUCACCACCGUCGCCUCCGGCGACGGCCUUUGGUUUGCGGGGCCGUUUACGCCGGCCCGUCAUCCAACAUUCGCCUGCGUCACCUGCGCAUUUCUACGACGAAGACGACGUCGAUGCGACGCUUCGAAGCGAUCGCCAACGAGCCAUCGACGACCAAGAUGAGGAGGACGACAUUGUUAGUUACCGAAACAGACACCAGGAGGCGUCGGGAUUGGGCGGCGCUAUGACGUCGCCAGCUCCUCCCGCCGCCUCGCCGACUGGCGGUAACAAUCCGCAGCGCCACCCGUCGCACCACCCCCACCACCAGCCGCACCACCACCUUCAGCAGCAGGAGGUGCAGCAGCAGCAGCACCAUCACCACCAGCAGCAGCACCAUCAUCCGUUGCUGGUCUCAGCUGUGGAGGCAGGUGCGCUGGCCGGCGCCAGUGUUUGUUCGGAGCUGGGCGACGACGGAGAGGCUCAGCUGAUCGCUCGCCAUCACCACCACCACCACCACCACCUCCACCAUUCGCACUUGACUCAUCAUCUAAGUGCCGCCAGCGCCGCCAGCCAACUGCAUUUGCAUGCGUCGCAAUUGCAUCGGGCCCCGAUUUUGCCCAGUUUCCAUUCGCCCGCCAAUCAAGUGCUGCACUCGCCUCCAGCGCCAGCCCCUCCCCAGACGGAGGAGGAGGAUGACCAGGACGAGCGCUCCUCUUAUUUGUUGUCUCACCGCCAACAGCAGCAACAACAUCUUCAACAGCAGCACCUGCACGCCGGACUGGCCGACGGCGCCGAAGCCAACGGAGUUCACAGCAGCGAGUCGCCGUUCGAUCCGGCCGAGGCCGUCCACGAGGACAACAACAGCGACCCGCAAGACUUGCGGCUGGUCGUCCGUCAUCCGGCCAACUUGAGGGUGGGCCGGCCGUCGCUGGACAACGACGAAGAGGACGACAUCGUCGACGAGGAGGAGAGUGAAUUGAUUCAGCAUCGCGACAGUGACGGAGAGGACGACGUCCAUCCGCACCACCAUCGCGCCCAUCAUUUGCAACAACAACAACAACAUCAUCAUCAUCAUCAGCAGCAGCAACAACAUCACCAUCACCACCACCACAACAACAACCAACAGCAUCAGCAUCAGCAGCACCAACAGCAUCAGCAGCACCAACACUCGGCGGCCGGUGGCGGCGGAGUCGAUUCGCCGCUCGGUUCGGCCGAUUCGGGGCUGCUCAGCCCCGGCGAGUUGAGUCCGUCGCGCGGUUUGACGAUGCUGGACGCGGCCGACUAUCGGGCGCUGCACGCGUCGGCAGAGUCCAGCUACCAGACGUUGCAGUCGCUGGGCUCGAGCAACAACGGCGGGUCGACGUCGUCCAGGAUGUCGCCGCAUCCGUCGGCCUUCGUCGGCGGAGGGAACGGCCCCAAUUCCGGCUCCUACGCCACGCUGACGCCGCUCCAACCGCUGCCGCCCAUUUCGACCGUUUCGGACAAGUUCGUUUACAGCCACCAUCCGCAGCAGCAGCAGCAGCAGAACAUGCAACAACAACAACAGCAACAACAACAGAUCAAUCAGCACCACCACCACCAGCAGCAACAACAGCAACAGCAGCAGCAGCAACAACAACAACAACUUCAGAUGCAUCACCACCAUCACCAUUUGCAGCACCAGCAACAACAACAUCAGCACCACCACCACGGAGGGGGCAACAACAACGUGUCCGGCUCGUUCACCGUCAUGCAGAACAGCUCCGGAUUCGUUGGUCAAAUGGGCGGAAUGGGAGCCGGACACGGGGCUGGUGGAGGAUACACGGGCGGAUACGCCGUUGAUAAACUGCCGCCGAUGGCCCUGUCCCCUCCGCCCGCUGUCCAGCACGGCCAUUACGUCCAGCAUCAUUCGGUAGUGUCCGGCCUUCACCAGACGUCGCCCCUGUCGCCAUCGUACGGCAGUGGCCAUCAGAACAACGGGCUCCAUUCGCCCAGCAAAUCGCUGGACUCGCCGACCGGAUUCGAUUACACCAUCCGCGGUGGAGGUGGAGGAAGUAGUAACGGAUGUUUGGGUCAGGCUCAGCACAGCCCGGCCGGUGCGUUGAGUCCGCAGUCUCACAGUUCGCUGCAUUCACCUCCGCACAGCGGAUACAGCGUUUUGAGUCAGGUGGGCAUGAACGGAUUGGCCGGCCCGGGGCCGCUCAGUCCACCUCCGCCUCAGCAAUUGUCACCCGGCGGCCAGCAGCAACACCAACAGCACGGCCAGAUGAGUCCUACGCCGCCGCCCGGUUUGAGUCUGAUGGAACGGAUGGAGCGGAUGGAACGGAUGGAGCGGAUGGAGCGGAUGAGAGACGCCAUGCCACAAUCGCCUUCGCCUCCGCUGGGCGUCUCGUUGUCACGCGACGCCAUGAUCGGUUCAAUGGGUGGAGGUGGCACCACCAUCCACCUGGCCAGCUCCAGCCAAAUCCACUUGACUGGCCAUGGCCAGCAACAGCAACAAUUCGGUCCGGGAUCUGUCGGUGCGACGGGCUCCAAACAUUCGCCGCCGUCGUCCGUCUCGACCAGCAGUCCCAGCAACGGUGGAGGCGGUGGAGGCGGCGGAGGGGGAGGGGUAGCCAGCGGAGCGGGCAGCAAUAACAGCAGCAACAACGGCGCCGAACUGGAGGAAAUUAACACCAAAGAACUGGCGGCCCGCAUUUCGGCCGAACUGAAACGCUACAGCAUUCCGCAGGCCAUCUUUGCCCAGCGGGUCCUCUGCCGUUCUCAGGGCACUCUGUCCGACCUCCUGCGCAAUCCGAAACCCUGGUCGAAGCUCAAGUCGGGCCGCGAGACCUUCCGUCGCAUGUGGAAGUGGCUACAAGAACCGGAAUUUCAACGGAUGUCGGCGCUCCGCUUGGCCGUUGGAGGCCACGCUCAGCAGCAGCACACACCGCCGUUUGGAGAGCCACCAAUCGCAGUUGUUUGUAAGCGCAAAGAAGAGCAACCUCCGCCACCGGAACAACCGUCACCGAAGAAGCCUCGCUUAGUUUUUACCGAUUUGCAACGACGUACACUCCAGGCCAUUUUCAAGGAAACGAAACGACCAUCGAAAGAGAUGCAAGUGACGAUAGCCAAACAGCUGGGCCUGGAACCGACGACGGUCGGCAAUUUCUUCAUGAACGCUCGACGUCGUUCCAUGGAUAAAUGGAAAGACGAAGACGGUGGCGCCAAAUCACCCGGUACGAGUAGUAUGGGAGAUGUGGACGGAUGUGACGUCGAUGGCGCCGGCUCGGUCAGUAUGUGCGGCAGUCCUUCACCGGUGUCGUCACCUACUGGCGCAGGUGGCGGCGAUCCGCACGGCGGUCACGUCAUCAGUCACGGAUCCCUGCACCAUUCACUGGCCACCGACGCCUUAUGACAGCAACAGAACCAUCACCUGAUUGCAUACGGCCAGUGAUUGUUUUAUGAACACAUCAAACAGAUCGACACCGACGGCUACCUCCGACGUUCAAAUGAUAUAUCCAAAAUAUUUAUCGAGAAUAUGACGGACGAAAGCAAAUGAACGAAAAACAAAAGGAAUGACGAACAAGCAAUUCAAUCUAGUCCUUUUCGAAGUGCUAAACGUGGACGAACUAAAAAACGAAACGAACUCCGCCAAAAAAGAGGAAGUGUGCGGGAGAAAAACAAAACAAUUGACAUGUCAAAUGAUCUCUUCUUUUUUUUUUUUUUUUUUUGUUCAAUUUGUGCUACGUAUAUCAACUGAGUGCUAGUCAAUGAUGAUGCAAUGAGUCACAUUUUUGUGUGUGUGUAUAAGUGUAACCCACAUUCCGAAUUUUUGCUAUUUUGCAUUCCAAACCGAUGAAAAUGUUGAGCUUAUUUUAUGUAUAGUCAAAUAGCUCCCCCCUCUACAUAAAAGCAGGCAGGAAGAGAAAUACGAGACAUCAGGCAAAGGCAAACCAGUGAUCUCAAUGGUAACUCUCACACAGUCAUUCCAUAAAAUGGCCGUUUGGGGAGGAGGGAGUUGUUUUUAAUUGAAAAUCGCGAGCGUGAAUUGCGCCCCUCCAUCCGAUAAAGUCGCAUGUUUCAUUUCUUCCCACAUUAAAAAUUUGGUUUUUUAAUGUUUGGUUCUAUGUCACAAUCGCUCAAGGAUCGUGUGCGUUUACAAAAGUUGGAGGGGGCAGUAUUCUAAGUUCGAAAAACAAGAAGAAAAGCGUUGCAAUCGUUUGCGCAUAUUCAAAGUAUCCCGGCAAAGGACAUCUCAAUUUACAUUUCAUAUCUGAUAGGAGGGGAGUGAGGCUAUUUUAAUAAUUGAGCAUCUACACAGAGGGAUGAGGUUGUGAGCGACCAAUUGAAACAAAAGAAAGGAAAUUUUUUUAGUCUCUCUAGUCAAAAGUCCUUAUAAUUAUUUUUUUGUUUUAAUGAUGCGCCCAGCUGAAUGAAUUCCCUCUUGUUGUGUUUGUAAUAACACACACAUCCGAGUAGGACUCUCUACUUUGUCGACACACACGUUUGUAACCGAGAUUAUUAUCACCAUUUCGCUCCUCUCCCUCCGCCCAAAGCAAACACCACCUUUAUCCAUAUAAACAUUUUAAAGUCACGUAUAAUCAUCCACUCGUUUUCUACGUAUCAAAUUCAAUUUCUACCCCGGCGUGUGUAAUAAUGGAGGAUAUAGUUUAAACGCUCUAGAGAGAACAAAAAAAACAAACAACAAUAACAAAAACCUAAAUAUAAAAGGCCCCCUACAGUCAAAUUUUCAGAAUAAUACGGAUGUAGCCUUUCCUUUCAAAUCAAACACGCUCUUCUUUUUUUUUUUUUUUCUUUCGCCAUUUACACCCCGUUAUACAUAGCUUCGAUGCCAUUGGUGCGUGUCCGUGGCUAUUUCUCGUUUCUCUGUUGCAUUCCAUGAUGUACAUUUUCUUUUACACAAAACAAAAACAGAAAUUUAAUAAAAAAAAAAAAUCUAUAUAAAAUAAAAUAAAAAAAAAAAAAAAAAGAAAACGAGCAACCCCAUCCCCAAAGAAAAUAAUUUGUCGAUUGGUGUCUCACGAAUAUCUCGUUUGAAACAAAUUAUGUGCUAUCUUCUCGAUCGUUUUCGCGUCGAAAUAACUGACAUACUUAAAAAGAAAAGAAAUGGGGAGAGCAAGAAAUAAUUUUUGCUUUCCGGUAGGAAACACGUGGCCAUCGUCCUCUUCAAAGUACUUACUGAUAGUCAUGAAUCUUUUUUUGUUUCUGUAUUUCUUUUUUGUUUUUUUAAUCUUAUGGGUAUUCGUUUUGAAACAUUUAAAUUUCACGACCUGAUCACACAGUGAAACCCUCCUCCUUAAACACGAGUUUUUUUUCGUUUUAAUGGAAAAAAACAAACAAAUAUUCCCGAAUGGAAGUUUCACCAGAUUAAAAGAAAAUUAAUAAUAAUUUUAUAAUAGUUUCGUGAAGUUCGUAUGUGCAGCACGCCCGUUUUCCCUUUUUUUACCUAGUCGUGUUACAUCGUUUUAAAAUCUUUUCGAUUUUUUUUGUUUUGUUCUAAAUGAUUGACGUACAGUUUGUGUGUGUGUGUGCGCGUGAGCAUGCAAAAAAAAAAAAAAUGUGCGCAUUAUCCGCGCAUGAAUCGAGGAUUUCUUUGUUUUGUUUUCGGUUCGAUGAAGUCAUUUAUGCAAAAGUUGUUUUGAUAUAACAUAUGCGCUGGUACUUACAUAACUUCAUUUUUCUUGUCCUGUACGUGUGUUUCCCACCUCUCAUUAUAUACUUAAAACAUCAACAAACCCAAAGCAUCACGAUAUUGUACUUUGUAUCUCUCUGCUCGUCUCUCCCUUCGUUCAUUUGUUCUGAUUCGCCCUCCUAUAAAUCCUGCCCCCCCCCCCAUUUCCCUAACCCCUCUGUUGGAUGAUUUAACCUACUUAAUAAAGCUCUCUCCACGCAUUAUCACAUUUAAUAAUUCCCUCGCAGCUCACACUCUUCUCCGUAUUUAUAUACAUACACAUACACGAAAGAAAAACA